CUCAGGUCACUGGAGGUCUCUCAUUCUGAAGAUGGCGGCUUCGGCAGCGAGGAGAGCGGUCGCGCUGCGUACGAAUAUCCGCCGGCCGGUUGCGUUUGUCAGAAAAAUUCCAUGGACCGCGGCCUCGAGUGAACUGAGAGAACACUUUUCACAAUUUGGCCAUGUACGAAAGUGCACUGUUCCUUUUGACAAAGAGACUGGCUUUCACAGAGGUAUGGGUUGGAUUCAAUUUUCUUCAGAAGAAGAACUUCACAAUGCACUACAACAGGAAAAUCACGUUAUUGAUGGAGUAAAGCUCCAUGUUCAAGCUCAAAAACCCAAAGCUUUGCAAGGGGACCAAACAUCUGAUGAAGAGAGAGAUUUUUGAGAACAUCACUGCCUAUUAAAUAAAGUAAACAAAACUGGAAA